AUGAACUACAUCAAAUCCACCGUCAACACCCUCCGCGAUCGGUACACGCCGGUAUCGCACACGUCGACCUUUCGCCAGACGGGCCAGAUCACCCCAGAAGAGUUCCUUGCUGCCGGCGACUACCUCGUCUACAAGUUCCCCACGUGGUCCUGGGGCGACGCAGACGACGAGAGCCGCCGCGUCAGCUACCUGCCCCCCGGCAAGCAGUACCUUGUCACCCGCAACGUGCCCUGCCACCGCCGCCUCAACGACGACUUCGCCGGCGAUGCCGGCCAUGAAGAGGCCCUCGUCAACGACGGCGAUGACUUCAAGGCAGCCGCCGGCUCUGGCGCCGACGACGACGGCUGGCUGAGGACGGGGGGCUUGGCGAGCUCGCAGCCGCUCAAGGCGCGCGAAGUGCGGACCGUCGACGACUCUGGCAACGUGGGCGAGCCGACCGACACUGAAGACGACGACAUCCCGGACAUGGAAGACGACGACGACGACGAGGCUAUCAUCCGGGACGUCGGCAGUGAUUCUAGAAACAGCGGCCGCCGCACCUACACCCUCUACAUCAUGUACACGCCUUACUACCGGACUCCCCGGCUCUACCUCUCGGGCUACCUGCCCAACGGCCAGCCCCUGCCGCCGCAGAGCAUGAUGGACGACAUUGUGGGCGACUACAAGGACAAGACGGUGACGCUCGAGGACUUUCCCCUGUUCGCAAACAACAUCAAGAUGGCCAGCGUGCACCCCUGUAAGCACGCGUCGGUCAUGAAGACGCUUCUCGACCGCGCCGACGCCUCCCUGCGCAUCCGCCGCGACAAGCUCCGCGCGGGCAAGGCCGUCGGCAGCGAGCAGGGCAUGGAGGGGCUCGUCGACGAGCUCAGCAAGCUCGACGUGCACAGCGCGCAGGAGGCGGCCGACAAGGAAGAGUGGGAGGAAGUCGAUGGCGUUGAUGCGGAUGAGCACGAAGUGGCCAUUCGCGUGGACCAGUAUCUCGUCGUCUUCCUCAAGUUCAUGGCCAGCGUCACGCCUGGCAUCGAGCACGACUUCACAAUGGGCGUUUGA